AUGCCCGGCAUCGACGGCGACGCCUACGUCGUCACCCCCGAGCAGAUCGAAGCCUUCGAGCGCGACGGGUACGUCCACCUCCCGAACGUCCUCACCGAGGACGAGAUGCGCGAGGUGGAGGAGCCCGCGAUGCGAUUCAUCCGCGGCGAGGUCGUCCCAGAGGGGAAGGACCUGUGCGACAUGUCCGGCGCGACGGACCGCACCCCGGACGAGUACACGGUCUUCAACGCGAUGCUCCCGCGGCGAUACAUGCCGAGCAUGCGAGGAAACAUCUUCGAGCGGCGGACCGCGUCGAUCGCGACGCAGCUGCAGCGGGGCAAAAACAUGGCGAUCGACUACGACCAACUCCUGGCCAAGCGUCCGUCGACGUCGGACUCGAUAUUCGCGUGGCACCAGGACAUGGCGUACUGGCCGCCGCUCGAGGAGGACCCGUCCACGUGCACGUGCUGGAUCGCGAUCGACGACAGCACGGUCGAGAACGGCUGCAUGCGGUUCCUCCCGGGGAGCGGCAUGGAGAAGGAGCUGCGCGCGCACGCGCCCGUCAAGUUGAAAGGCGGCGACCGCGCGGACGACGAGAGCUCGCACGCGCUGUGCACGACGCUCACGGCGGAGGACGAGACGCGCGUCCGGCUCGUGCCAAUCAAGCGCGGGGACAUCACCGUGCACGACGAGCGCGUCGUCCACGGCAGCGGGCCGAACGGGAGCGACGGGUGGCGGCGGGCGUACGUGCUCGCGUACAGGACGAAGGACGUCGUGGACGAGGAACGGAGGCUGGGAUUCACGCACUCGCACAACGACGCGUACAACUGGGACGCGUUUCACGCGUGGCAGGAGAAAGCCGCUUCGGCGUAG